AUGCUCUGGACUGUAUCAGUCCUUCUGUUUUUAUUGUCAAGUGGACAAGCCAUUCAGUUUUUCAAAGAGCACAGGACAGUUGGGGAAGAAGAAGGGGUUCUUUUGCCAGAAGAUGAACCCAAACAGGCUGAUGAAAAACCUGCUUACACUGGUGCCUAUUUAAAGCCAGGGGUUCUUCCUGAGGACUCUUUUGUCCUCCAUAGACAGAAUGUUGAUGACAAGACUUAUCACUUUGCCUAUGUUGCUCCUGGUCAAGCUCAUCAGCAGCAGAGCAGUGGAGGGAUUGUCACAGGCUCCUACUCACACUCUCAGCCUGGAGGAGAAGAUGUGGUGGUCAACUAUGUGGCAGACUCUUCAGGGUACCGCAUUCUUCCACCAGGUGGCGCCCCUGCACCAGCUGUGAAACACUUUGAUCUGCAAGAAGCCAAAUACAAAAAGCAUGGAGAUGAUGAAAAACAAGAAAUUAAGAUCAAACCUGUACAUCAAUAUCAGCCAAAACUUCAACCAUUUUACCCUGGUCACCAAGUUUUUGGAUACUAUCAACCUUUCUCUGCUGUGUCACCAAGUGCCUUCAUAGUCCCUUAUGUUUACCAACAGCAUCCUUUCUAUCAUUAUCAAUACCAACAACCAGCCAAGAAUGUUGAGCAAAUUAGGAAGAAGCCAGAAGAAAUUGCUCCUCCAAGGACUGACCUGGAAAGCACAGAUGACAAGGACCAGAAUGAAGAGAGCAGUAAUAAACCCUGGGGUGCUUUGGCAAUUGGCAGUGAAACAGUGAUUGCUGAUGGGGACCAAAGCAGAAAAGACUUGGAGUCUGUAGUAGUUGAAAACAAGAACCCUAAUGAACCUCCAGAGAGAAAUUUGGGUCCACCAGAAGGUUUUUAUCCUGGAGAUGGAGCACCUGGACCAGCAAUUGGACAAGGUGGAAUCCCAGAGUACCCAGGGUAUCCUAGUGGUCCUGGUGACAUAGAGGAUGAAGACAAAAAAAGAGGAGAUGAUAAAAACAAGCCUCAAGCCAUCAAGCCACAAAUACCUGUAGUGAACCCAUUCUACACACAGUUCCUGAAUAACCAGAACAAGAGACUAGAUUCAUUUGUAUUCCCCGCACCAGGAAAUUAUGUCCCAGUAUCUGCAUAUGCCAAUGCAUUGCAACAACAUCCAGUGUCUGCAGUUCAUGAUGCCCAGGUGUCACCUGUGCAUGUAUCCAGACCUGGGUACAUAAGCUCUAGCUGGGUCCAGCAUUGGCAUCAGUUGGAUUUUGAAAUGGCAUCUAUGAAGGUUGCAGUCAUUUGUCUGUUGGUGGCAGUGGCCAUGUUGGGCCAGACUGAAGCCAGAGUGUGUGAGUGGAUUGGACACUCUCCAGUCUGCUUUGGGGACUGUCCAUCAGGGACCCUCCAAUUGGCGUCUUCAAGCAGUGACCCAGUCAGUGUGUCUGGAGUGUCUGAAUAUGUGCACUUUGGAUAUGGAUGCUGGAUUGGGGAGAAGAAGCUUUGUUGUGGACUCAUCUGAUCAUGGACCAAUUGGUCUCUAUUUUCACCUGAACCUUUCCUCUUGUUGGUUUUGGAUCACAUUUUUGGUGGAAAUGAAACUAUGCUGCCUCAAUGUAUUCAUUUUUGCAACUUAUUAUCCUUUCUGAACUAUUUGAACUAAGUUGACUUCUCAGGAAGAAAAAAAUCAAAUAUGCUGGCUGGAGUGUGUCUAUUUGAGAUAAUACAGAUUGUCAACCCCACAUGAUUUUCACUCACCUGUGAACUUCAUUCCUCACAUUUGCAAUAUAUAUAUAUAACAAAUCCUUGUCAUAUUUGACUGUAUAACAUGGCAUCCUGAUUUUAGAUCUGUCAACAAGGUGACAAUUUCCUGACAGGAAAACUCAUUGGGAAGG